GCACUCUCCACUCUCCACUCUCCGCUCUCCAUUUCUAUCACCUUCUUUUUCUUCACUCCAAAAGCUAACACUCUCUUUCUGCAAGCUUCACUUUGCAGAUGGGUUCUCGAACCGGGUCACACCAGCUGAGCAACGGCUUAAUAGUCUCGGGCCGACCUGAGCAGCACAAGGAACGACAACCCACAGUUGCAUCUCGUGCCGUUCCUUACACUGGCGGCGACGUCAAGAAGUCCGGCGAGCUUGGAAAAAUGUACGGUAUCGAUUUCUCAAGUAGUGGGGAGCAUCUUCCAAGACCAUCAUCUUCUAGACAGCACAGUAACAGUGGAUCAGUCAGAUCCGGGCCGAAUUCGGGUCAAAUCGGCCCAAUUCCCAAGAAAUCAUCUUCGUCUAAUUCCGGUCCGAUGACUCCAAUUCAACCAACCGGUCUAAUUACCUCCGGUCCAUUGAGUUCCACCACCGGUCGACGGUCCGGUCAGCUCGAACCGGCUGGUUCGUUUAAAAAAGUUGUCUACGGUUCGGCUGUGACCGGUUUGAGUGAUGAUAUAAAGAUGGGUUUCAAGGUUUCUAGAGUGGUAAUGUGGGUUUUACUUGGGGUGCUGUUAAUGGCUUUAAUGGCAGGUGCUUUUGUAAUGGUAGCGGUUAAAAAAUGGGUAAUUUUGGCGGGUGUUGGUGGAGUUUUAGUUCCAAUUAUGGUGAUUUUACUGUGGAAUUAUGCGUAUAAGGAACGAGGCUUGGUGGGGUUUCUAAGAAGAUAUCCUGAUGCUGAGCUUAGAGGUGCUGUUGAUGGACAGUAUGUGAAGGUUACUGGGGUUGUCACCUGCGGCAGUAUCCCUCUUGAAACUUCUUUUCAGCGGAUACCAAGAUGUGUAUAUGCUUCUACAGAAUUGCACGAAUAUAAAGGUUGGGUUGGAAAAUCUGCACAUCCUAGACACCGUUGCUUUUCUUGGGGACGCAGGCAUUCAGAGAAAUAUGUUGGUGAUUUCUAUAUAUCAGACUUCCAGUCUGGAUUAAGAGCGCUGGUUAAGGCAGGCUAUGGAGCAAAGGUGGCCCCAUUUGUAAAACCGACUACAGUUGUUGAUAUAACAGGGAGUAACAGGGAGUUGUCUCCCAACUUCCUAAGAUGGCUUGCUGAUCGGAGCCUCUCCAGUGAUGAACGUGUAAUGCGGCUGAAAGAAGGUUAUAUCAAAGAAGGGAGCACCGUAAGUGUCAUGGGCGUUGUAAGGCGCCAAGACAACUUGCUAAUGAUUGUUCCACCAGCUGAGCCUAUUUCAACAGGCUGUCAAUGGACCUGUUGUCUUCUUCCAACGUACGUAGAAGGUCUCAUCUUGACCUGUGACGAUACUCAGAACGCCGAUGUAAUUCCUGUAUAGGUAUACUACUAAUUGUGACUACUUCUACGAGAUAUGACAAAAAAGUGCAACCGAUGGCAAUCACGAGGCUAGCGAAGUUGCGCCUUGUUUGGUUCCUAUGCAAAUAUGUAAGUGUAUGUAAGAUUGCAUAGCAGAAUAGAAACAGGCAAAACUGUUUUCUUGAUGUCUCUGAAAUUGGUUGUCCUAUGUAUUUCGAUGUUAUUAUAGCACAGUUCCUAAAGGGAAGAGAAGAAAAAAGGGCCUUCCUCCCUUGAGCAGCUAAGCUUGUAGUAUGGUGUAAGAUUGCAUAUCUAGUUUGUUUUUAGCUGCAUUAUGUAUAUUACCUGUUAUGUUUAUAUAUAUGUUCAUAGCUUGCUUUAUCGUUUCA